AUGGAAUUAAAUCUUGUUGACUUGGAGAAAAAAGGAGUUCAACAUGGCCUUCAGAUAGCACGUCGAGGAUUCCAAUUAUAUUCUGACAUGGAAUUUGAUUCAGUAGAACGAGAGCGGAAGAGGUCAAAGUUAGAUAAAGAUAGCUGUGAAAAACCUCAUUGCCAAUCAAUUAGUGAAUCCAAAAUAUUGUCUGUAGAAGUUGAUGUGUCGUCAGCAUUUUUAAAACCUCUCAAAAUACUUUCGACAGGCUCAUUUAGAGGGAAUCUUGAUGUUUGUGCUACCCUUUCACUACGUCCUCGUCAUUUUGGAAAGACGCUAUUCCUUUCCACUUUAUCCUCUUAUUAUGAUGUAAAGAACAAAGGAGAACGAUUCGAACAACUUUUUGGCGAUUUAUACAUCGGAAAAAAUCCCACGCCAUUAGCAUCUUCAUUCCUUGUUCUUAGACUCGAUUUUUCUGGACUUCGUACCAAUUCAACAUUUGAAAUUUUUGAGGAUGAUUUCCAUAAAAUUUGGGAUAAAAAUGAAAGCACUUUGGUGAAUUUUAAAGAGUUACUGAAUGCAAUAGAAUUGAGUGGUCACAGGAUCUAUGUUUUUAUUGAUGAAUAUGAUGCUGGAAUGAUCGAAGCUCUUAAAAAUGAAUCCACCUUACAACCUCUUAUUGCUCAUCAUAAAAAUUCUCUAAGCAGAACUGAAGCAAUGGAGAGUUCAUUCAAACAAUUUUACAGUCGAUUGAAAUCUGUUUGUGAUAAUGGCAUUGCUUAUGUUUUCCAAACUGGCGUGACUCCUAUCGUCAUGUCUGAAUUCACUUCGGGUUUCAAUAUUUCAACAGAUUUGGCAUUAAGAGAAGAAUUUUGGGAUUUAAAAAAAGAUGAAUAUGGGGGAUAUUAUUUUAAUCCUGAUCAACAAGAAGGUAUAUUCAAUACCGGCAAUAUUUUAUACAGUGUUCAGAUGCUAACCGGAAGAAUCAAAUAUGUAGAACGUUACAAGGAUACUUCCAUAUAUAUUAAAAAGCUUCUUCGGUUUUCUCCCGAUCCACAUAGAUUGCCCUCACAGACAACACUGAACUUGAUUGUAAACAAUUCCCUUGGAAAAUCAAUACUUACUGAAUCAAUUGGUCAACUUUCCCUUGAAUCAAGAAAUGGCAUUGAACAACGAUUUCGACUUGUAAACAUUCGUGAGCUGGCCACAGACCGCACUCCAUCGUUGUCAUUCUUGUUCUAUACUGGAGCUCUUACUUAUCAACCAGGCAGUUCAAAAUUUAGUUUUCGGAUUCCGAAUAAUGUUUCAAAAAGAGAAUUCAUAACAGAAUCUCUCAAAAUUCAUGAAUGGAAACAAGAUAAUUUAACACCUGUUCGACAAUGUUUACAAAUUUUAGAAGCAAACAAUGAUAUUGAUCCAUCAUGUCGAUUUGUAGAAGAACUAUUACUUAAACCUUUGAAAGACAAUAGUAUUGUACACUCCAAUGAGGAAACAUCAAAACAAACAUUUUAG